AUUAUUUAUUCUAUUCAUUUCUUUAUUUCAUAAUAUGAGUUGCAGUGAUUUUUCUAUUGAUUCUUUGGAAAAGUCAGAAUUUCUAAACUCUAAUAAUAAUGUUAAGUAUGUCAAACAAAAUACAACACCAGAAAAUAAUGAGUGGCAAUUGAUUGACUUAAUGUCUGUUCCUUUGUAUUCUGGACCUGUUUCUUUGCAAGAACUUAAAAGAAUAGAAGUAAAUGGUGAUAAAAUAUUAGAACUAGAAACUAAAGAAUUUUCAAAUAUAAACAAGAAGAAAUAUUUAUCGAGUACUGAAAAUAAAUCU